AUGGCUGAUCGCCACGACAUUAUUGCACAACUUCAAAGACGUCUUCAGAUCCUGGAGGACAAGGAUCAGCUUCAAACACUUCUCAAUCGAUAUUGUACAAUUGCAGACGCCAAAGACUGGAAGGGCUACGCCAAUACCUAUAUUGAUAAGGGUGCCAUCAUGACCUUCGAAUCCUGGGGCGACAUCGUGGGCAAGGAGAACAUCGCCAAAGCAGCCAGCGCCGAACAAGUCUUCGAUGGGCUCCAGCACACGAUGACAAAUAUGGAGUUCACGGUCGACGGUUCAGACAAGGCAACUGGGACCGCAUAUCUCUGGUUUUGUGCAACUCCCGAUACAUCGAAACCUGAGAUCAAUUAUGCCUUUGGUGGACCAUAUCGGUUCGAGUUCCAGCGGACGGAAAAAGGGUGGAGGAUUUCGCACAUGUGGUUGAAGAAGAUCUGGUCGUUGGGCAAGGAUACGAAAGGCGUCUUUGGUGCUACAUAG